AUGAAUAACAACAACAGGAAUAAUAAUAAUAAUAAUCCUGAGGAAAAUGGUGGUCCAAAUCCAUGGGCGAUUGCAGCCGGUAUUGGGCUGGCUGGUGCCAUAGUGGGUGGAACCAUAUCAUAUCUGAUGAGUGGCUCCGAGGAGAAGGAACCAGAGCACCGUAGUCCACGAUCCCCCGGUGUGGAGGAUAGGAUGAUAAGGAAUACGGCUAGUACCAGCAGGUCUAACGACUCCGAGGAUACUUCCGUAUCUUCGUAUCUUUCCGAUUUGUUAGGAAGGAUGUCUACGUCACGCGGGGGCCCUUCUAUAUCUACGAUGAGUAUUGAAGAGUGCCAGAACAUUCCUGAAAACCCAGUGAUUACGAAUCUUAACUCGUUGUUGUCCGACAUACACGUGCGGUACAUAAAGUUGAGCGACUUCGGCACUCAUUAUAGAGUGUUUGACACGAUCUUCCAAGCUGUGCACAAGAAGAUGAAGGAAGUCGACCCCUACUACCAGAAGUAUUCAAGCACGGUCCAGUGUUGUGGCAGUCAUUUCGAUAAUUUACGCAUCGAUAAACCUGACGAAUUUGACAUGGACAUAGUGAUCGGCUUACCUGUUAAUAUCAAGGUCGAUCCUUUCAAUCCUGACUAUAGUGACAUCAUUUUAGAGGCUAAGUCCCCGGGAUACGUCCAGCUAAAGACGGGGAUUCAGUUCCAAAAACUACCAAUGAGGGACAAGGAAGAAUGGUUGAUCAACAAAACUGCGUAUGAAUGGAAAGAUGAUGCUAACUAUCUCCUGCGAUCAAAGUUCUGUGAUUGGUUUAAGAGCGUCGUGAACAAGGCUCUCAAUAAAUUUGAAGUUAGUAGUAAUGGACGUCCCGUGUACUAUGUGGAAGGAGUGCCGUAUGUCAUUGACAAGUCGGAGUCCGGACCGGCAAUGACGCUUCUGAUUAGCAACUACUCUAGAAACUUCAAAUUGGAUGUAGAUCUGGUGCCGUGCUUCAAGUUCCCGGAGAACCGAUGGCCGAUCAGCAAAUCUUACCGUGACAUACCCCCGCGUUGUAAGAAGGACUACUGGAUGGUGGUCGGCAAGCCAAAUAAGGCGUCGCCGAGUGCGUACGACCAGUCGCGCUCCUGGCGCAUAGCUCUGCACAAUCAGGAGCGCGAGUUGAUGUACCAUUCAUACAACUUGCGACAAGCAAUUCGAUUGAUCAAAAAGCUACGAGACUCGUUAGGAAUGAAGAAGAUAGCGAGUUACUACAUCAAAACCAUAUUCUACUGGGAGGUAAUAGAAAUCAACAAUCCGGACUAUUGGCAGAAGAGCAGCCCAGCGACAUUGUUCAAGCAGAUGGUAGGGAAACUGCAUCAGGCUUUGGUGGCGAGAAACAUACCUUAUUUUUGGAAUAAGCAGAAUAACCUGAUAGGUUCAGUACCGCCACAAAUUUUAGCCAACUACGAGGCCAAAUUGAAGCCCUUGUUGGAAAUAUUGGAGCAACCAUCGAAAUACAAACACGUAGCCCGAUAUUUAUUGACACCUGAAGAAUUCGCCGAUUAUAACGCAAGGUUCCUUCAUAUCUAA